GUAUCAGGAAACCCAGCCUUUUUCCCUGGAUCCUUAGCAAGCCAGAGCCUGCUACAGCCACAGGGACAGGCACCCCAGCCAGAGAGGAAAUCGUGACGUGUGUUCUGGGCAGGGUUGAGGUUUUGGAACCUUUUCUAAAAGGGACAGAGAGUGCCCUGCAGCAUUUCCUAGCCGCGAGCGCGCUGGAGAGAGCUGGUCGUCAUGCAGGCGGUGCUCACGUGUGGUAGGCUGGCCCUGGCCCUGGCCCUCGUCCUGGUUUUGGGAUCUACAGUGCAAGGUUAUCCUAUGCGGAAAGCCAGGUAUCAGUGGGUACGCUGCAAUCCUGACAGUAAUUCUGCAAACUGCAUUGAAGAAAAGGGACCACUUUUCGACCUAUCUACAGAUGAAUCUAACAGGAUCCUCCCUCCGAAGGUUGACCCUUUUCUGAUGCCAAAAUUCCCGAACUUGAAUGAUGUCUUCCCUCUUUCCGAGGACUAUUUUGGAUCUGGAUCCGGCUCUGGCUCUGGCUCUGGCUCUGGCUCUGGAUCAGGAUCUGGGAGUGGCUCUGGAAAGGAAUACCCCACUGAAAUGGAAUGGGACUACCAACCAAUAGAUGAAAAUGAUGUUUUCUAUUACAACUUUAGGUCUCUCAAGAAGGAUCUGCCCUCAGACAACCAGGCCUUGGGUCAAGAUGGUACAGAAGAGAAUUUUGUUAUGUAAAAGUUAAGGUUUCCCCACCUUGACACCAGGCAAUGUAUUCAGUAUAUUUUGUGCACCAUGGUUAAAUGAUUAGUCUUGGGAAAAGAGUUUUAUAGAAAAUUUAAAAUAUCUGAAAAUAACUUUAAUUUUUAUUACCUCUUUUUUUCUUCAUGUAUUCUUAAAGGAUUAUAUUUUAAUGCUAUUAUCUAUCCUAUUGUUCUAGAAAAUACCUGCAUAUUUUGGCAUCAUAUUUGACCAACAUCAUUGAGAAAUUAGCUACACUCCCAUGUCUGUAAAACUGCUUUAAAGAAGAAAAUUAUAAGGGGCCAGGGAUUUGCUCAGGGGUUCCGCUGCCUGCCUCACAAGGGCAAGGACCUGAGUUCUAUCCCUGGUACCAAAAAGAAAGAAAGAAGAAAAUUAUAAUUUUAAAAAAUUCAAUUUGAGAAGCAAGCUGAUUGGCAGUAUUUCAUACCUACAUCUUUAGGAGCCUGACUCUGUGAAUAACAGUAAUACCCUUUUAUUUAUGACAAAAGAUCAAAUACAGUGAAUUUACAGAUUGGGUAUUUGGCAUGGUUUACAAUGUGAAGGGGUCUUACUGUAUUAUUACCAAUUGGAUGAGUUGAGAGCUAGUUGACAUUUUUACCAAGAAGCAUGAUUACUGUUAGAAAUUUAAGACCCUGGUUAAAGGAUAGUUGCGGUCUCCAUAUCUCAUACUUUACUGCUUUACCCUGCUUUCUUGGAUAUCUAUUUUCAAAUGUUGCUCUAUUAAAGCAGAAGUAUAACCAAA